GGAAUAUAUAGGUACGGUCAGUGGGGACCCUAGUUGGACCUGGACCUCUUGGUAUUGGGCAUUAUAACGUUUUCAUACUCCCCCACUUUUUGGGGCCAUAAGUCAGUUUGUCCGUCAGUUUGUCAGUGGCUCUCGUCGCGGUUCGUUGUGUUUUUCCCCUCUCUUUAUGUGAAGUGUUUGUGUGUAGACUUGGGUGUGGUGAUCAUUGAAUUCUUACAUGUGUAUCAUUAAACCGAAAAGUGGCACGCAUGGUGCGUCAGUGUACGUUGAAAAUGUCGGUUUUCACCUAUAAGGUGAAGGGAACUUGUGAAUAGUGCAGUGAGAAUAUCGAUGGAUUUAGAAUUUUAGAAUAUAAUAUUGAAGCCUAUGGAAGAGAAUUCGUGGAAGUUGAAAAGCCUCUUUUGCUAAAGUGGGCUGGGAUUUUUCGAGAUUUAAAUUUUGUUAAGGGAUUUUCUCUCUUAUAGGCCUUAGACCCCAUGAGAGAGAAAGAGAGAUUUUUUUUUUUUUUUUGGGGGGGAAACAUGAAAGUUUUGUUUUCUGUCUCUCUCUCACUUCUCAUCGUUAAUUCUAGAGAGAGACAGAGUGAAUACUAAUAAAGUGACCUAAAUUUUACCACACAUGCGAGAAGGUUUUAUAGUUUCAGUGGAAUUUUGAUUUUUUUUUUUUAACCAUUGGUGACACCUUCUUUUUUUGAAUCAUGACAAUUUCUGAGGAGAUGGCUGCGGAAGCGGCGAUUAGAAGAGCCGAACGCGAAACUCUUCGUGGCGUUAUUCAACAAUGGAAUGCCAAUCGCCUGGAUCUUUUUGAACUCUCAGAACCUAAUGAGGAUCUAGAAUUUCAUGGGGUGAUGAGAUUUUAUUUUCAAGACAGCGGUCAAAAAGUAGCGACAAAAUGUAUAAGGGUUGCUUCGGACGCAACCAGUCAAGCAGUCAUAGAAACUCUUAUCGAAAAAUUCCGACCAGAUAUGCGAAUGUUAUCCGUCCCUGAAUAUGCUCUUUAUGAAAUUCACGAAAAUGGGGAGGAACGAAAAUUGGGUUUAGAAGAAAAACCACUAUUGGUUCAAUUAAAUUGGCAUGUUGAUGAUCGUGAGGGUAGAUUUUUACUUCGAAGAAUUGAUGAUAAAACAAAUGCUCAAGGAGUUGGUUUUGCUGAGGGCACGAGUUUUCGAAGAAAAUUGAGUAAACGUGAAAAGAAACAAAUAAAGAAACAAGAAAAGCUCAGUCGAAUGAAAAGUGCUUGCGAACAAGAUGAAAAUAAUGCUCCUAUAGAUCAAAAUGGAGUUGCUGAGAAACUUUACACUGAACUUCCUGAGACAAGUUUCACUCGUAGUAUAUCGAAUCCAGAGGCUGUGAUGAGACGUCGCAGACAACAAAAGUUGGAAAGAAAAUUACAACAAUUUCGUAGUAAGGACGGAGGACCUGAUACUGGUGGGACAUUAAAGAUUUAUGGUGAAGCACUUUGCAAGGACGUGCCUUAUAAGACAUUACUCCUUAGUGUCAGAGAUUCAGCUGUUCAGGUAGUUAGGGAAAUGCUCUCGAAAUAUAAUGUCCAAGACGAUCCCCAACAAUACUGUCUUGUUCAGGCUAAUGGAGAGAAUACGAAUAGCAACUCACAUCAGGAAUACAUUUUGGAUGACGAUGAAUGUCCUUUAGCAAUUCUCAUGAAUCACCCUUCAACACGUGGUUCAAUUAUGUUCCAUGUUAGAAGAAGACCAGCGGAUUAUGUGCCUCGGAAAAGAAAGAAGAAACCAACUGGAAAAUGGGGUGAAUUUGAUCAUCGUUAUGAAGAUGAGAGAUUACCAUUUUUCAUUGAAUUAAAUCCAGAUGGUACAGAUAUUGCUAAUGGAGGUGGAAUUCGUCAUCGAUUAAAGCCAAAUAAUGUUACUGAAGUUGGUUCGGAGAUUCCAAUUGAUCCAAAAAUUCAGGCACAAACAAUUAUAUUGGCUGGACCAACCGUAAUGCCUAGACAUUGUAUUAUUGCAUAUACUGAUAAUACUGUUACGUUAACGCCUUGCUCGAGGGAAGCUCACACUUAUGUGAAUAAUGCAAUGAUUAAUUACACCACAAUUCUUCAGAAUGGCGCUAUUGUUAAAUUUGGAAGGUCACAUACUUUCAGGUUUAUUGAUCCAACACCUGAGGAUCGAAUGAGAUACAGGCAUGAUUCCAAUCGACAAUUGGAUGCUUACGCUUACGACAGAAGAUCGCCCGAUACAACGAGCCAGGAGGUGAGCUCUGAAAAAUAUAGAUCGGAUUCUGGAACACCAAACGGUGGUCCAGGUUCGAAUCCACCAAGUCCGACAAAAUCGGCAGCCACAAGUCCCAGGAGUCCCACGCAUAAUCCUCAUUCAUUGGAAACAACGCACAAUUAUGAGACAACUUUUGAUCUCGAUGGAAAUGUUGAAACCGCUAGUCUCACUAGCAGCCGCGAUGGAAACAGACUCUCUCAACAACCAAGAGGCACGGAUCCAAUUUUACCAGCUGUCUUGGAAUUCCUUGAACAAUCGGAGGAUACAUUUCUUCAUGCUGUUAUCACAGACGUGGAACCAAAUUCUCCGCAAUUUAAACUUGCGCCAACGUAUACUUUGUAUCUGGCAGCAAGAUACAGAGCGAGUACACACUAUAGACCUGAACUUCAACCAACUGAAAGAGCACAUAAGCUUACGGCAAUGUUGGAAAAAGUCGCAAAUAUGAUUCAUCAAGUCAUACAAGAACGUUACAUGAACGCAUUGUCUCUUGCUCUUUGGCUUGCAAAUGGAUCGGAACUUUUACACAUGUUAAAAAGUGAUCGUCACAUAACAUCAUUUUCAAUAAGAGCACAAGAAAUUCUUGGUGAAGCUGUUCAUUUUGCCUUUUCAUCAUUGGUACGUUGCGUAUCAUUAGAAUUGGCACCGGCAAUGGUACAAUUUAUGGCCGAUGCCGAUGAACCAGCAAAAGAAGCGGGUGUAUUGCAAAUUUUUUUCAGCACCAUGGCACUAUUGAGACGUUGUCGAGUUAAUGCCGCAUUGACUAUACAAUUAUUUAGUCAUUUAUUUCAUACAAUAAAUGCAACGGCAUUUAAUGCACUUGUUUCAAAUGGUAAUCUUUGCGUUAGAUGGUUUGGCCGAAGAUUAAAGGCAAGAUUAAAUGCCCUUGAAACAUGGGCCGAGAGACAAGGUCUUGAAUUGGCAAGUCAAUGUCAUCUUGCAACAAUAAUGCAAGCAACACAUCUUCUUCAAGCGCCAAAAUAUAAUGCUGAAGAAUUGGCAACAUUGAGUUCAACUUGCUUUAAACUUAAUUCAUUGCAAGUUAGGGCACUAUUGCAAAAAUAUCAACCUGCACCCGAUGAACCGAGAUUACCUGCGGAAUUAAUUGAAAAUGUCGUUAGGGUGGCGGAGAGUGUGGCUGAUACUUUAGCGCGUGCUGACGGUAGGGAAAUUCGUUUGGAAGAGGAGCCAACAUUAGCUUUGGCUUUAUUAUUACCUGAGGAUGGUUACAGUUGUGAAGUAAUUAGAGGUGUUCCUCCAGGAUUGGCAGAAUUUUUGUUACCCCUUCAACGUGAUGGUUUAUGUCGAAUGGCACCUCAAGCAACUAGCAGUGGAUUUUGGACUAUCUACAUGAUUGAUCAUCACAAUAAUUUCCGAAGUCCGAGCGCAAUGAGUAACAGAUCGGGAAAUUUUUCUCAUAUCGGACAAAAUCAAGGACAACCUGAAGUUCAAGUGAUUAAACUUCAUAAAUCUACGAAUGGAAUGGGUCUCAGUAUUGUUGCAGCAAAGGGAGCUGGACAAGAUAGAUUAGGAAUUUAUAUAAAGAGCGUCGUUGCUGGAGGAGCUGCUGAUACUGACGGCAGAUUAACUGCAGGAGAUCAAUUAUUAAAAGUUGAUGGUCAGAGUUUAGUUGGAAUUACACAAGAAAAAGCUGCCGAAUAUCUUGUGCGAACGGGACCAAUUGUAACAUUGGAAGUUGCUAAACAAGGUGCCAUAUAUCACGGAUUGGCUACUUUGCUUUCUCAACCUUCUCCUGUUAUGACCAGAGAGCUUAAUAAGGCACGACCAAAAUCGGAACAUUUAGAACCUUCCCGACUGGCUGAUAAAACAUCACAACCAUCAACAUCUCAUUCGAUGGGGAAUUUAUUGAAUGUUCCAAAACAGGGAUAUCAAGAGCGUUUAGUCGAUUGGGAUUUAGAUCAUAUUCAACCAGGACCCAGACGCAUGAGUGAACGUGAUUUGCCAUCACGUCUAGGACAUGAUCCGACUCCCCAACAAAUUCAUAGCAGCAAGUCUGUCCCAGCCCUGCAUAAUGUAGGAACAGAGGGUAAACAGCAACACGAAGUCUUCGGUCCCGGAUAUAGUAGAGCAUCUUCCAGUAAUAGUGUCACUCCACCUGUUCAACCACCACCAAUGCCAGCAAUGAAUGGAGCAUCAUCCUUAAGAUCCAGAUCAAGUCACAAUCUUCAUGAUCCAAUGAGAGCUGGUACAUUACCACCAUCGGGAUUAGUGAGCCGUCAACAAUCAUCACCUAAUUUAACACCAAACCAAAUGCAUCCACAAAAUAAUUUACAAGGAAACGAGGCUGAGAGAUUCUAUCAAAAUUUAAGUGUCUAUCGAAAUCAAGAUUCAACGGUAAAACAACAACCAAGUCCACCUCAACCUUUGGAUGAAAGAAAUUCGUUGCAGAAAAAUUUAAGAGGUUCACAAAGUUCAUUAAAUCGACCAGCAAUUGAUUUAAAUCAAUCGCGAGAUAGGCCAAUAUCUGCCUAUAUUCCACAAGGUCAACAACAAUCGUACAUUACAAAUCAAGGACAACAUCAAGGACUUCCACCGAGAUCACAAUCAUCUCGCGAUAUUAUUAGACAAGAGGCAAAACUUCAAGAAAUGCAAGAAGAAGUUCGUCGUCGUGAAUUACGAGGUGGUCCUCCAAUAUCAAAUAUUUAUCGACCAAACACUUAUAAUGUGCGGCCAAUGAUUAUUCCACAAUCAAAUUCAAUUCGUCAAUCGCGACCAAUUGGAUCGACGCCAAAUUUGGGACCAACAUCACCCACUUAUGGUGCACGACAAUUGCCACCUUAUGGAUUUAAUGAGGGACAAUAUAAUCAAAAUCAAUUUGCCAAACAGCAGCAGCAGCAGCAUUCAAUUUCCAAUCAAUAUGGUAUGAUGACAAAGGCAAAGAAUGAUGAUCCAACAAGAUCGGAUGCAAUGAGACAAUUUGUUGAACAAAGACAAUAUUCACAAAAUGGUGGUUCAUAUUCAAAUGGACAAACGGAAUUAAGAAACGAUCAAUAUCCAUCGGGUGAGGGAAUUUUGAAUCGUAAUCAAAAUGGUGAAAUAUUGGGAAUGGAAAAUCCACCAUCAAGGCCAAUGCUUCCGGAGGAUGGUUUUCGUGAGAGUCCACCGCCACCGCCGCCAAAUACCUCGACACAUCCAUUAUAUAAUAAACAACCUGACACAAGGUAUACGGCGAGUAUGCAAGAUCCACCUAAAGGUGGUUAUUAUCCAACAACUGGCACAACACAACAACCAAGGCAGUAUCAAUUUAGUGCGUCGAAUCCCUGGCAAAGGGAGGAAAGAGAAAAGGAACAAGCAAGAAGAAGAGAAGCGGCAAGACAAUGGCGAGAUCAACAAAUUGCCGAAUUAACAGCAUUGCCUCAUCGAACACCACUACAGGAAGAGCAAGUACGUGCCUUGCAACUUGAGAGAGAUUUUCAAAAACGCGCCGAAGAAGUUGCACAACAACAAGAUGACGAUGACGAAAGUAAUGAAGUUGAUAAUGAAAGUGUACAACGUGUACAGGGACUUUUACGAAUGGCUGCAACACAAGAUAGAACAAAUCAACAACAAACAUUAUCAAGAACAAAUACAAAUAAUCAAUCAAUAAGAGGUGUUCUCUCAUUACAAUCAGUUGGCAGUCAAUUACAAUCAACAAAUGUUCCAAUGCACACAGCAAUAAGCCAUCAAGGAUUACAAGUUUCCGUUAAUUCUUAUGGUGGAAAUUUAAAUGAAAAUUCAAAUAUUAAUAAUCAAAAUAUUAAUACACAACAAUCAUUAUCGCCCUCUUAUGGUUCGGCAUUAAAUCAAAUUGCAACUAGUCAGAAACCAACAAUUAUUGCUACGACACAAAAUGAAGAACGUGAACGACAACGAAGGAUAGAGGAUUUAAAAAGAAAACAAACGGAAUUUGAUGAGAAUCAAAAAAAGAGGGAGGAAGAAAUAAGACAACAGCAACAACAAUUGCAAAUUCAACAUCAGAUGCAACAACUUUAUCAACAGCAGCAGCAGCAGCAGCAACAACAACAAACAAAUUUACGAAGAGAUCCAAAUUUACAUCCUGGAAUGUUGAGAUUGGAUAAUCUUGUUAUUAACGGCCCUAAUUCACCUUCUUCUCAAAAUGGGAGUAGUGAAGCUCCUCCACCACCGCCAGAAAGAGGUUCGAGUUAUGCAAUAAUGUCACAGCAAAGUGCUUUAAGAUCGAAUAAUUCAACAACAUCUAAUACACCAAUUGGUUCUCAUCAAGCAACAACGAAACGUGUUUCUUUCCAUGAUCCAAAUGCAAAUACUGAAACAACCACGCGCAAUAUGACUGGAACGACGAGUAAUACUUCAUUAACAAUGGAUACUAUUCGAGAAGAUCCAAAUAAUUUUAUAAACGAUGCGGAAACUCUUCUUGCUUCUCCAAAAACACCAGAAGGUCCAGGUGGAAUUUUUUCAUCAGCAACACCAGGUGUGAUUGGCGCACAAGAAGUCUACAAAGAUCCAAGACAAAAGCGCUUGGCUGAGAAGCAAAAACAACAAAAUUCACAAAUGGGAGCUGUGCCAGAAAAGCUGAGUUUCAAAGAAAAAAUAAAGAUGUUUGCCAUUGAAACUGGUGAAGAUGGAACACCAAGAGAUAAGGUAAAAAUUUCCCGAGCCCAACGUGAAAUUGACAACAUUGGCAGUCCUUUAAGUCCAAACAAUAACAGAAGCUAAAAAAAAUAUUAUUAAAUAUUUUGCCUACUCUGGACAGUAGGUACUUCAUUAUUUAAGACUGCAAAAUUAAUUCAAAAAUCUUUCAGUCUAAGAUACUAAAUUAUAUUAUUAAAAAAAAAAAGAUUUGGAUCUUUAUUAGAAACUUUACAAAAAGUAAAAAAAAAAAACGAAAGACCAAACAAAUAAAAGAACGUCUUUGUCAUUAUCUUCUAAUGAGAGAUAACUGUACAUUUUUUUUUCUGUACUUUAUUGAGAAUUAAUAUUGUAGAAAAAAAGGUAGAAAAUACCCGAAAAAAUAGGUGGAUUCUGAAAAAGAGACUAUUAAAACUUGUACAUAAAAAAUUCAAGUAUCAUUUGUUUGAUAAUUAAAUUCAAACAAAUAACUAUGAUUUAAUCUUUUUCAAAAAAAAAUAUAUUACAUGAAAAUUUUUCCAACAUUUUCAAAUAUUCCAUUGUAUAAAUAGUUUUAAUGUAACUAUUUUUUCAUUUAAAAAAACAAUUUUGCAGCGAAUUAAGAAGAAAAAAAAAAUUCUUCUCUCUUAAUGUAGAUAAUAGAAUCGAAAUAAUUUCUUUUCUCUUUUUUUUUUCAUUUCGUAGAUUAAUAUAGGCCUCGAGUAAAAAAAUGAAAUAUUUCUCUUUUUCUCUCUGAGAUAAAAAUUGAGAGAAAAUAAUAAUCAAAUAAUGUCUUUUUUUUUUAGUUAACAAGUAGUAAUAUAUUAAUCAUUACAAUUAUUAUAAUAUCGAGUUUAUUAUAUAAGAAAUCAUUAGAAAAUAUUAAAGGAAAAAAAUAAUUUGAAAAUAUACGAAAAGAAACCCGUAGAUAAUAGAAUACAAUGCCGAAAAAAAACUAUGGGCAAGGCUCUAAAACAGUUUUUUUUUUUUUUAAUAACGAGAAAAAAACUUAGCAAUAUUAGUGGGUAAAUGUGUCGAAAAAUAUAUAAUUAAUUUUUACGCAGAUUUAGUAAAAAAAAAUCUGACAUUCUAAUUAGAGGCAAUAACUCUUUCAUUUCAACAACUCGACAACUUUUGACACACAAACAAAUAUUUUUACAUUCCGAUUUUGUUACACUGUCAGACAUUAAUUUUACUCCCCCCCCCUUUUUUUUUGGAUAACUUUUUGAUACAUUUCUUUUUCACAUUAUACGAAUCCCAAAAAAGAAUAAUUUAAUUUUUAGAAAAAAGGGUUUAAAUUUGAUUUAAUUAUGUAAUUAGUUUAAUUUUUAAUUUGUUAUAAUAUUAUUUACAAUUCAAUAAUUUUUUUUUGCAUGGAAAAUUAUAAAAAAUUAAAUUUAUUUUUCUAAAACCAAUUGUGAAAAAUUAAAUCUGUAAUUAAUUGUUUUAAAAUAAUUUAUUCUUCAUCAUAUUUUUUUGAAACUAAAAUUUUUAAAAUUUAUUUUAAAUUGAAUUUACAAGAAAAAAAAAUGAAAUCAAAUUUUUAAAAAUGUUUUUAAUUAUAAAAGAAUAGAUUUAACAUUUACUAAAUAAUAAAAAAAAAAUGUAUUUUUAUUAAAAAAUUUUAAUUCAUAAUCAAAACAACCCUUUUUUCUGAAAUAUAACAUUUUUUUUUUUUUUUUUUAGAAAUUCUUUAUUGUGAAAAAAUUGAUCGGGGGUUGAAAAAAAUUAAUUUUUUCUUUAAAAUUGUUAGUAUUUACAUUGAGAAAAAAAAGAAUGUAAAAUAAAUUUCCUUUCGUUAGAAAAUGUUUUUUUUUUUAUAUAAUUACAAAUGCGAGAACAAUUUUUUAGACAGUGCGCUAAAAAGAACAAAAGACAUUUUUUUUUGUCGAAUUGUCUUAUUCCAAUAAAUAAUAAUAAAUAAUUAAUAUCUAUCGAUAUUCUCAAUAUUGAAUGUGAUAUAAAGUAGGCCUUUGUUUGAAAAUGGAAGAACAAUAAAAAUAUAGAUUUUCUUUCUAGAAAAAAAAAUUCGAUUUGCAUGAAACAAUUUUUUUUCUACUAAAAUUGUAAAAAAAAGAAGAAAAUUGUCAACUGAAUCUAUAUCAGUAUAUGCGAAAGCAGUAUUUCGGGCCUAUUUUUUUUAAGUCCUUAGAACUAUUUUCUUUCUUUCUUUCUUUAUUAUUAUUAUUUUUUUAUUAUUAUUAUUAUUAUUAAUAAUAUGUAUUCAGAAUGGAAGAAUUUUCUAUUUAUUUUCUGUUUUCUGAAUUUUUGUUUUAUUUUAAUUAAGGGCUAUAUAGUGAUAUUUUGAUCAGCUUGUUAUUAUUAAUAAAUAAAUGUUACGACGCAAACUAAAAUUUGGUCAAAGCCUGAUUAGAUAAGGAACUGAGCCUUAUUCAGCCAUAUUAUAGUCAGAUUAUUAAAUUUUUCAUAUUUCUCGAAUAAUAAAAGUAGAUAAAUAGUUCAAUCGUUGAUGAAAAUUAUUGUUUUGGAAAAUAUUUAAUUGUAUCUAUAUAUAAAUAGAAAAAAGAAAAAAAAAGGUGAAUUCCCUCCUUGUUGUGUAUAGCAAAAAAAAAAAAAAAAAAAAUAUUUGCACUAUAUUUUGUAACUGUUUAAGCAAAUUCAUUUUGUAAAAUCAUUCUGAAUUGCCGAGCAAAACUAUACUAUAUAUAUAUAUAUAUGUAUACAUAAAUACAUGAUCAUCGACAAUUAUUAUUAUACAUAAUAUGGAUUAUCAUAUUUUAUCGUUAUUAUCGAUUGUACUAUUAGAAAACAUUAUAUUUUUUAAUUAUUGUAUUAUGUCUUAAUAUUAUUAAAUUACGAUAUUAAUAAAAAUAAAUAUUACAUAUACAUAUA